AAUUAAUCAUCUUUUGCCCUGUACGCCUGUGCCUACCCCCAACACACCGCGCUGCCUACACCACACAACGGUCACCAAAGCACCACUCCAUUUUUGGCAGAACAUCGGGUAAAAACCCCCCCAUUUUCUGCCAACUUUGGCAACUUGGUUCGCAGCCACACUCGAAUCAAUUGUUUUGACCAGCAGUGUCCAUUGUCUAUCUAGAUCGAAAACUAGAGUUUUGGAGUGGGAGAAAAUGAAUAUGAAGUGAGACAACGUAAAUAGAAAAAAUAUCAAAAGCAAAGAAGAAAACAAAUGUGGGUGAUGAUGAUUUUAAAUUGCAGUCGUAUGAACCGAAGGUCCUGGUUGGAAUUUUCUCAGAAUCUAAUGGAAAAUAUAUACAGUAGAGAGGAAGUGAAACAAAGGAAAUUUUUAGGGCUUCCUUUGGUUUCCUGACAAAAUGAUGAAAGGAUUGUGGCCUACGCUUAACUGUACCUGUAAGUAUGUGUAGCUGUAGAAUUCACACUCUGUAUCUUCAGAACAAACAAUCAAUUAAUGAUUACUUAAGUUCUUUAUGCAAGCAAAAGCUUUUCAUAGAGGCCCUUCGUUUGUUUGAUAGUUUAGAAAAGAAUCCAAAAUGCCAAGAUACUAACAGAAUGGUCUAGAAUUGGAAGAAGCCAUAAAUCUGUAUAUUCAAAUGCUACGGGCAGGUAUUAUGCUGGAUCAGUUCACAUUUGGAAGUAUAAUUAGAGCUUGUUCAAGUAUGAAUGAGGUUGAGUUGGGAAGGCAGUUGCAUGCCCAUGUAAUUAAAAUGGAAUUUGGUUCCAACCUUGUAGCCCAAAACACUCUUAUUGCAAUGCACACAAAGUUCGGUCAAAUUAAUGAGGCACACAUUGUGUUUUCUAGCAUCAAGUUAAGGGAUUUAAUUUCAUGGAGUUCAAUGAUUGCUGGGUUUUCACAACUAGGUUACGAGUUAGAAGCAUCGACGUGUUUUAAGGAAAUGCUAUGUCAUAGUACAUACCCGCCAAAUGAAUUUAUCUUUGGCAGUGUUUUUAGUGUGGUUAUCUUGGACAGCCUGAAUAUGGAAGACAGAUACAUGGAGUAAGUAUAAAAUUUGGUCAUGGAGGAGAUGUUUUUUCUGGUUGCUCCCUCACUGAUAUGUAUGGGAAAUGCGGUUUGUUAUGUUACUCAAAAACUGCCUUUAACCAGAUAGAAAAUCCUGAUGUAGUGUCUUGGAAGGCACUCAUUGCAGCCUUUGCAUAUGGUGGUGAUGCGAAUGAAUCCAUGUUGAAUUUUUCUCGGAUGAGAUAUCAGGAAUCGAGACCAGAUGAUAUCAUCGUUCGUUCUUUACUUAGUGCUUUCACAGAUCCAUUAACUCUCUGUCAAGGGAAACAAGUUCACACCUAUAUUAUGAAGACAGGAUUAGAUUUGGAUGUUCUAGUUUGUAAUACGAUAGUUUCAAUGUAUGCGAAUUGUUCAGAUUUUAAUGAUGUGAAUAAAAUGUUCAACAAGAUACAAAGCAAGGCUGAUCUAGUCUCUUGGAAUGUCAUGCUUACUGCAUGCGUGCAUCAUAAGAAGUCAGGAGAGGUUUUCUUGAUAUUAAGAAUGAUGAUGCUAACUCAUAAUAGGCCGGAUAAUAUUACUUUAACUAUUGUACUUGGAGUUUGUGGGAAAAUUGCCUCUUUAGUAAUGCGGCAUCAAGUUUAUUGCUCUGCCUUGAAAACCGGGAUAACUAUUGAUGUCUCUGUCAUGAAUGGAUUUAUCGACAUGUAUGUGAAAUGUGGAUCCCUAGAAAGUGCUAGAAAACUCUUUGACUGCAUGGAAAAUCCUGAUGUUUUCUCUUGGAGUUGUUUAAUUGUGGGAUAUGCUCAGUUUGGAUACGGAGAGGAAGCUCUAAAUCUAUUCACAAAAAUGAGGAGUUCGGGAGCUUGGCCAAACCAAGUGACAUUGGUUGGAGUUUUGACUGCGUGUAGUCAUGUUGGACUGGUGGAAGAAGGGUGGCAGUUGUUUAAUACAAUGGAAGAGGAGCACGGUGUAGUCCCCACAAGAGAGCAUUAUUCAUGUGUUGUUGACUUGCUUGCUCGAUUGGCUGCAUGUAAAACUCGAAAUAAUAUUGAAGUUGGAAAGCGGGCUGCAGAGAAUAUUCUGCAGAUUGACCCCUCUAAUUCUGCUGCUCAUGUGAUGCUCUGCAACAUAUAUGCUUCAACUGGUAGUUGGAAAGAUGUUGCCACAGUGAGGAGCUUGAUGAGACAAAAUGGCAUCAAGAAAGUUCCAGGUCAAAGCUGGAUUGAAAUCAAGGACAAUAGUCAUGUUUUCUCCGCAGAAGAUGGUUUCCAUCCUGAAAGAGACAGAAUAUACACUAUGCUGGAGGAAUUGUUGUGGUUGCAAAUGUUGGAUGCUGGUUAUGUUCCCCUGCGGGGGUAAGGUUUACCGGUGAACCAUGUUUUCUCUAAAUGAUUUUUGAUGCUUCAUUGUCCAAGGGAGAUCUCGAACAAUUAAAUCUAAGCAGGCUUCUCCAUCUUGCAUAGAGGAUACUUGCAAAUCUUGUUCUCCUGCAUCAAGAAGUUGCUCCCAUUUUUGAAUGAGAGAAACUUUGUUGAGACAAAGUCAAUAUGGACAGAGUGUGGAUGUGAAUGUGGUAUGCUGCAUUGCAACUUGCCCUCCCAGGCCCGAAAACAAUUAAAGCAGCUUUCAUGGUUUCUCUUCUUGUCUUGCAGCUUUUGAAUUGCAGAAAGAUCUCUCGGCAAAUGAUAAUCUUCAAGGAAACAUCUUUGUUAAGAGGAACAAUUUCGAAAUUCUCUUGAUAUUUAUCAAGAUGAACACACUUCCACAGCAAUCUCUGCUGCUGUGGGAUUGCCUGACGAAGCAAAAUGAAGCAAAAUUUCCUCUGCAACAUGAAUGCAUAAAAUUGUACAGUGAUUAUGGAUUUUUGUGUAAUUUAUUAUACAUCUCUAGUGAACUACUAUGUAUGAUUGAAAGCAUUUGGUCUGUAGAUAUUGUUUUGUCUGCUAUGGAAGGAAGGUGGCGACAAAACCACGGAGGCAUAGACAAUUGAACUAUUACCAUUGAGAGCUACUUAUUUUUGCAAUGCUAUAGUCAUGCAAAUUGAUUGAAUAUUCA